AUGGAAACACAACUCUCAAACGCAGACGCUGAUUCCCUCCAGCUGCUCCUAAAUUUGAGCCUCGGUGCUAAAGACAACACAGCCAAAAUCGUCAACGGAACACGACCCGCAAUCUCCACCAAUCCACACCAGCCUUUGGGCAUCGAGUUCGUGGAGAAGAUCUUGGACUAUAAGUUCAAAGACAAGAGUCUGCUGUUGCAAGCGUUCACAGACGCUACUUUCGAUGAAAACUGCGUUUCGUAUGAACGCCUAGAGUUCUUGGGAGAUACGGUCUUAAACAUGGUUAUAACCAAAUAUUUAUAUAAUCGUUACGGGGAAUGUUCCCCAGGUUUGCUGACCAAUCUCCGAGCGGUCAACGUUGAUACCGAGAAACUUGCCCGAGUCUCUGUAAAACACAAUCUCCAUCGCUGCCUCCGUCAUAAGAAACCCUUGCUUGAGGACCAAAUACUUGAAUUUUCAAAAGCAAUUGAAAAUUAUCCGUUACAUUCGCGUGGUCUAUUGAAAGUCCCUAAAUCUCUAGCAGACAUAGUAGAGUCUACCAUUGGAGCUCUCUACACCGACUGUGACUCAUUCGAGACUGUGUGGAAGGUGGUAAUGCCAUUGUUGGAUCCAAUUAUAUCUUUAGAUAAACUGGAGAACCAUCCAAUGACAGAACUCCAUGAGAUGUGCCAGAAGAAAAACUUGAAAUUGAGGUUCGAUGACAGUACUUGGGAAGUUAAUAAAAACGUUCUUGUCUUUAUUAAUGAUCAUUUGGUUGGACGUGGACAUCAUUUUGCCAAGAAAGACAGUGCUAAAAAUUGUGCUGCAAAAAAUGCCCUCGACAAUUUUUCUUAUUUCUUUACAAAGAUUUGAUAUCAUAUAUAAAGAAUAUGUAUGAAGAUUAUUUUCUCUUGAAAAGAUUGUAUUGUUUCUUUUGUAAUUGAAUCAACAUGAAUGAA